AUGUGUCAAAACCAGCAAGACGUGGAUACUGACAGCACAGCAGCCAUUAACCACCACCAAGGUUCCACAGCCAGCAUUAGAAUGUCUUUGGCGAUCAAGUAUAUAAACGACCUGCAGCUACUCGCAAAUCUCCCCAGACCUCUCGUACCAAGCAACGCCAACCCCACUAUUUUUGUACCCAAUAUGGAUUCCGACAUAUUAUACAAUUUUCCCGCGUUCCCCGAUACCACCACAGGGCCAUUAAGCUUGCCAAACUCAGCAAUGCAGCCAAUGGGUGAAAUGAUGGCAGCCCAGGCAUACCCACACCACAACACAUUAUCCAAGCCGACAUCUCAGCCAUCCAUGGCCCUGCCUUAUCCGAGCUACCGGACUUCCCCGGUACUGAAUUUCAAUAUAUCUCAGCUUGCGCAACCAAACCCAUUUCCGUAUAUUGACAUGUUUGUUAGGCCGACAGAGCAGAAUUUUGGAUUUAAUGUGCCAAAUCACCCGCAAGGGUUUAUCGGGCAUGGCCAAGAAACUGGGUUAGCCACAGUAUCACUGCCAGCGACUGCGUACAUUUUGCAACCAAUUGCUAUGCAAGAGGUGUCGCCUAUCCUGCAACCGGCGCAUGUGUUUUUGGAAUCACCAAGCAAUCCACCCAUGCAACAGCAGCACUUUGCUUCUCACCAAUUAACCGCACCAAUACCAAAUUCCGAUUUUUACACAAUUACAUUGCAACAGCAGUGCCAGCAACAACAACAGGUUCAAAGCGCCAGCCCUUCGCCCUCUCACUCUCGCGACGAAGGCACGGAUGUCGAGACCAAACGCGUGGCUCGGCGCACUUCGCUCAGCGAAAAGCAGAAAAAGGAGCUGUUUAAGUGGGUUUAUAAAAAUAGGUUUAAUCCAAAGCCCAGGGGCGAAGAGAGAGAGAGGCUUAUGCUGGUGGCGGGGAUGUCGAGAGAGAGGUUUAAGACUUGGUUUGCUAAUGCUAGACGCAGAUACUUUAUUCGCAUCGAGGUUAAUGGUGUUGUUCAGUAUGAGGUCACACAAACGUUUUUAGAUGCUUGUCAGAGAGCUGAUAUUAAGCUCGACCAAGAAUAA